UUCUGUUGGUGACAGAUGUUGUGGUUGCUAUUGGUUAACUAACAAUCACCGUGGCAUUACAUGACCAUUCUAUUUAAAUAUUAGCCACGUUAAGAACUAAACGACUUUAUUUGUUACGAUAAUAAAACACAAGCACAUUCUUCUGAACAUAGUGUGAAAGCCAUUACUUCAGAUUUCAAGAUGAACAAGAUUUUAGUCUGCACGUUAAGCUUGCUGCUUAUCAUCGGUUUUUGCUACGCCGAUGAAGACCAGUCCAACUAUACCAUUACCGAACUAGCAUGGUUUGAAGUCGAAAUUAAAAACCAUGACGGUCCGGGUGGAGACUACACGGGGAAAUUUGCAAUUGGUCUGUUUGGAGAUACGGUGCCGAUGACUGUGAUGAAUUUUGCCAAGAUAGCCAAAGGUUAUAAAAGUGGUAAACAAAAUUUACAAUACAGGAAUAGUAACAUUCACAGAAUCGUUCCUGAUUUUGUUAUUCAGUUGGGUGAUAUCACUGCCGGAGAUGGUACAGGUGGACGAAGUAUUUAUGGAGAGAGAUUCAACGAUGAGAACUUUAUUUUAAGUCAUAAAUCGGCUGGGUAUGUUUCGAUGGCAAAUCAUGGAUUCGACACGAAUGGCUCCCAGUUCUUUAUAUUGCUCAACGCAGCCAGGUGGCUUGACAAUAAACAUGUCGUAUUCGGUAAAGUAGUUGUUGGUAUGGACACAAUUAGAACAAUUGGAGACGUAAAGUCCGACAUUGGUACAGCCGUACCCAAGAAACGUGUCAAGAUAACAAGUUGCGGUGCUUAUGUUUUAGAAAAUAAAUAUUCUUUAACAGAAGACGAAAUUGUUUCUGAUAAAGACGUUACUUUCUUUACCUCAAAUUAAUAAAACAAGUAUUUUAUAAUUUUUCAUAACCCAUAUCUUACUUAUAUCGACACGUUGGUUGAAGUCUCUUGGGAAUUAAAUAUUUUUUUCUUAUAAAAUACGUAAAAAUCAUGUCACUGUAUUCUUUCACAUUUUAUCAGUUUUUAGCAUUUUGAUAUUUUAUCGAUUUAAGAAAGUCUUUUGAUUAAAUAAAAAAUUUCAUUCGUUCGUA